UGUGUGUAUCGAAGCAGUUCACCAAGUGAGGAGCAGACUUCCUCUAAACACACCUCAGCACACACAUCUCUGCCUCCGCCCGACCACCAUGGCUGUACGGGACGCUGCCUCUCCUCUGCUGCUGGGCCUGCUGUGCCUCCUUCACACCUGGGGAGCCAGGGCCGCUGUGGAGGUGAACAUGGAGGACAAAGUGGAAGCUUUUUUGGGAGACGCAGCUCAGAUCACCUGCAUGUUCAAAUCGGACGACUUUGGUGGCAGCGGCGGCAUGACCGUGGAGUGGUACUAUGUAAAGAAUUCAAAAGACUAUCAACAAAUCUACAGCCAAGACAGCCUUCAAAGCACCGUGGUGAAAAACACUCCUUACUCUGAACGGAUCACGGUGAAUACCACCGGAAACCCUGGAGAGGUGGUGCUGACGAUCAGGCAUGUGCAGCUCAGUGACAAUGAGGUGGCGUUCAACUGCUACGUCAAGAUCAUUGGGGAAGGGACCGGAGAGGGAAGCACAAAGCUGAAAGUGUUUAAAACGCCAGAGGAUCCCAUAAUUCAAGGUGUGGGACAAGGGAUAUCAGUCAACGAUGAAAUGACAAAGAUUGCCUCUUGCGAGGUGAAAAAUGGAUACCCCAAACCGAAGAUCACCUGGUACAGAGACAAAAUGCCACUGCACAACAUUCCAGAUGUUGUGAAAGUGGAUCACAGAGUCACCACUCAGUCAAGUGGUUUGUUUUCGGUCAACAGUGACCUGAACAUGAAGGUGGAGAAGAAGGACAAAGAUGCAGUUUUCUACUGCGAGGUCUCAUUCCUUGUUCCUGGAGCUGAGAAAAUGCUUGAAACUAAUGGCAUUAACAUCACUGUCUUAUAUCCUCCCACGACAGUAAAUAUGUUGGUUAAACCCUCAGAGGGGAAAAUCAGGGAGGGCGACACGGUGGAGAUCCUCUGCGCCAGUGAUGGAAAUAGUGAAUCUCAAUUUUUCACAAUUGACAAUAAAGACGUUUCAAGAUUGAAGUUGGAGAACGUUACUCGUCACGAUACUCGUUUUUACGAAUGCAGCGUAGAGGACUUUGAAAAUUCUGUGAAAUUAUCAACAAACAUCUCGGUGGAAGUCAACUAUCUGGACGAGGUGGUCAUUGAACCCACCGGUUCUGUUUUGGUGGACUGGAAAAAAGAGUUUUCGGCGACCUGCAAUGCUUCAUCAUCUCUCGGGAUCAAGACAACAUGGUUUAAGAAUGGAAAAGAAGUUGUAAAGGGUUACCAUUUAAGCCUAAAGGCUGUAACGUAUGACACCGCAGGAAUAUAUGAUUGUGUAGUGACAGUACCGGAGAUUCAGGGAAUGCAAGCCAACAGUUCACUACAGGUUACAGUUCAGGGCCCUCCAGAGAUUAUAGAAAAACAACUCAAUGAGGAAGAGACCAAUGAGAGGGAACUUGAACUUACCUGCCAAGUCAGAAGCUACCCUACUCCCAAUAUAACCUGGGGCACCACUAAUGGGAAGAUCAUCAGCUCCUCAAAUCACAUGACCGAUGUGGGUGCUAAGAGCGUAGCCAAAGUUCAAGUCAAUAUCACUUCGAACACAACCGUUUUCUGCAACGCCUCAAAUGAGUUCGGCAAAGACUCGGCUACGUACGUCAUCAAAUUCACUAAACACACCACCACACCAGCAACUACCACCACAACAAUCUCUCCAACAACCAUUACAGCAGCCAACACAACCAACAAUACAAGCACAUCCAUCAUUGCUGCCAAACCCAAAUCCAAAGCCAAAGCAGAAACACCCAAACCACAAGAGAAAGCCCAAAAAGGAAGCUAUGGGGUUGUCAUUGCAGUGAUCAUUAUCUGUAUCCUGCUUCUGGCCAUCUUGGGCAGCGUGCUUUACUUCCUUUACAAAAAAGGCAAGAUCUGCAAUCGAUCAGGAAAAAAGGACUUCACUAAAGAAAAGUCCAGCAAAGAUAAGAUUGUGGUGGAGAUGAAGAGCGACAACACAGAGGAGGCGAUUCUGCUCGGGGUGAACGGAGAAAAACAGCUAUCCAACGACCAGUGAUGAGAACCUGCAUGUUCCGAAGUGAGGUGGCGAGAAAGCUGCUCCUGGUGUUCCCUCUCAGGCUCAGACCCCCGGAUGCCUUCAAGUCUCCACCAAAGCUCCUUCUUUCCGAGUUACAUCACAGAGAUAAUCAGCUGACACUCAAACAGGUUUUUUUUUAUUACUUGCUGUCCGAUAUACUCCUUGAGUUGAAAUGAAACAAUUUGCAAGCUCCAUGAUGUAACUCCACCACACGCCUACCAAGCUUUGACUGUCUGUCUCAUUACUGCAAGCCUUGUAUACUGCUGAUUGUCUGUGGAGCAAGAAUUAGAGCACAAAGCCGACAGGGUCUGUUUUAAAUACAGAGGUGAACAAAUUUAUCGCCCGCCCUGAGAAAAGUGUGUAAAAAGCCUUAAAAUAAUCUACUGUUUUAUUCAGGUUAUAUAAUCUCACAAUGAAAAGGUGUGAGAAAUCCAGUGGUUACUUCAAGGAAAUUUAUUCAAAUAAAUAAAUAAAAUCCAAAUAUUUGGGAGAAUGUCUGUUUUUAUUCAGGAAAAUUAGUUUCUUCAUUUAGUUGUUUAAAUUAUACCUCCUCCAUGUUUGUGUCUGUAUUUAGUACUUAUCUGAACAUGAUAAAACACCUUAGGAUUUUUUUUAACAAACUGCCCCACAUGCCCAAUGUUAAAUAAAGAUGUUUCAGAACUACCAGCAGAUUUUAAAUAAAAAAUUGUCACUGGGUCCUUCAGCAGGAUAAUGAUAGAAAGAACAAAACAACUAAGACGUUGUUCCAUGGAGACAGAACCAACCUUCUCGAAUGAUCUUCUACACGUCAAGUCAAACUGCUGAAUAUUGAAGAUUUCCAAUGUAAAAUAGUUCUACUGCAAAAAUAAAGACGUUUAUUUCGAGGCUCUUUGCACAUUUUCACCAUGGGUGCCAUUAAAUAUGUCCGCGCUGUAUGACGUAGCAUCACCUCAAGCAGUGCAAUCCACUGAAGAGAAUAAUGAUGCAGCUCAGUUACUGUACAUAUUAUAGUCUAUGUAUAUCAUAGUGUUUCUAUGAUUCGGUGCUUCUUGGAGAUAAAGCAGGAGCUCGGUUUGGUUGAUUGUUUUGCUCAUUUUCUGCUAUGUUUCGGUCUGCACACUGAAAGUUAAGAGAUGCCUCACCUCUUCAGCUACACCUUUUUUAUGCUUUACAUACAAACAUGCAGGUUAUUUAAAGACGCAUCACUCAGUUUUCUCAACUCCCAGUGCUCUGUAGAUGAAGGACAGUAUUUUCUGAGGCUGAAGAAGUUGAACUAUUGGGUAAUGUUUUUCUAUUUUAUAAUUUUGUUUGUUCUCUGUAUAUUUUUUUUUACAUUUGAUCAGAUUUAUUUGUUAGAUCUAUUGCAUUGCCACUAGUCAGGUCAUAUAAUUACAUUUUUUUUUCUUAGAUAUGACAUUCAGAUGCUUUGAAAAAAACCCAUUUCGUGCUGUUGUUUUUUUUUUUUCUAUUUAUUUUCCAUGCACUGAUUUUUGUUUUUCCUUUUUUGUGUGUAUUCAUGCAGUUUUUCUCCAGUAUGACAUGUUUUUAAUGGAACUGUAUGCAAAUAAACUUAAUUUCUAUAGCUGUCUUUUUCUUUACGAGAAGGAAAUAUGAGAUUAGAAGAGGUUGUCCUUAUCACACACUGAAUGCAUUUCUGUAAUAACUGAAACUUGAGCUAAUCUAACCCAAAGAGACACAGAACGCCCUCAGACCUGAAGCCUUCAACCAACAACCGCUUUUCAUGUUAAUGUUUUGUGUUCAUGUUGGUUCCUAUAGUAUCUGUGUACUACUGAGGAGGGGGGAAUGACUGUGACUGAACAACUCCAGCUUAAAGACAAUCAUGCCAUCAUAGACUUCCUUCCUUCUGCUUUUAGUAACUCUGGUAUACAGUGUUGGUUGUCUUUAAAUGUAUCUGAGUUAUUACGCAUCUUGUAAUUACCAAAACAUUUAUUGUUUUUAGUUUUCAAAAUCAUACCAAAUAAAGUUAAAUUGUCAAAAAUUAA